GUCAUCAGAGAGACAGAGGCUCCAGUCAGGGAUCCAGUCUGCAGCCCAGACCCUUCUCUUCACAAUCUCAGUGCAGGGAUGGAGCAGGGCCUGGGGCUGAUAGAGAUAGACCCUCCUGUUCCUAUGAUACAAACACCACCAGGGCUUCAGCCUUCACAGAGAGUGGUGGGAGACCCCCCCUGGCGGUAGUCCAUCAGCAAAUCUGUCUUCUCCUUCAGGGUCUCGUCUAAUGCCUGGUGACUGGGUACAUAGAAAGCCUGGGCCUGGGUCUAGCCUUCCUCACUUACCUCAGGAUUACCUCACCAAUACAGACAGGGUCAGGAUGGGCGUUCACCACGAGAGGUACCUGUAACACAGCACACAAACCCAACAACACCCAAACAAUGGCUAGAGUUCAAGGAGGGAGCUCAAAGACUAACUACCUGAGGGUGGUGGCUCCUGCUUCUACCUCCUCUGGUGUCAUUGGGUCACAACGUGGGAGGCUGAGCAUUAGGAAAGAUGCAGACAAGUCGUACACCUGCGCCACGUGUCGGAAGCGCUUUGCUGAGGCGAACUAUGUGAAGAAGCACCAGACAGUUCAUACCAAGGACAAGCCCUUCAAGUGGAAACUGUUACAAGAGCAUCUCUUUGCUGACUAACCUUAUCAGACACAGGAGUUGUCCACAACGAGGAGAAAUCAUAGCAGUGUGACUGGAGAUAUACACAGGUGAUAUCUGGGAACCAUUCUUUAGACGUAUUAUAAUUAUCAUGUGACGUGUCUUGGUAAGAGGAUAAUUAACCCCAUUCCCCUUAUUAACCCUUUAACUUGAUUUGAAACAGGCUUGUGUAAAUACCUAUUUUUAAAGGGACAGUAAAUCUAGACAAGAACCAGGACAGUUGAAUAUUUACCUUAAGCUGAUGUAGAUGGAAUAAAGUCAUUAGUCUAUUCCAUUCUAAACAAGUCUGUUCUCAGCUUGAAAGAGACUGAUAUUAGGAGAUUUGAUGUGUGAUUUGAUGUUUGAAGUGAUAAGCAAUACUGUAAUUUAAAGAACAGCGCGCAUAUCUUUUUCACUUAACUACACCCUUUGAGCUAUGACGCCAACCAAUACGAUCCCUUCUCUUCAGUGUCAGAAGUGGCGCUAGCUAGCUUGACCAGCCGGUACUGGGAAGAAGCAUGGCGGAUGGCAAGAUGACGCCAGGCAGAAAUUAGGGCGAUAGUCUAUGUCUGCGAAAUACAUGCAAAGUACUUUCUCUUAUGAGUCAAAUACAGGAGACAUAAUUACAUGUUCCUCUCCUGAAAACCAUGAGAUGGAGUCAGAUAGUGAAAGCUUAGAAAUCAAACCUGACAAAGGUGAAGAAAAAGAACCUGAAGACUUCUGAGCCUCACCCCAAUAAUCAGGGAAAUGCAUGAGAUGGCUCUGGCCCAGUGGGAGUAGGAUUUAUGGAGAAUGUGGAUUCGUGCCUUUUGGCCAACCAAUUUGUGGAGCGGGCGCUCCACAUCUCGAGCCUCGGGACAAGAGCUGUGUCUUGCUUUGCGAUCUGGAGCAGAGCACCGGUGAAAGAAGUGAUAAUUGGGGUGGAUUUAAGUGUUGAGGUGGAACAACUGAAGUUGAGGAUCCACGGUGUCUGUGAUGCACGCUGUUUGGUGCAAUGCAAACCCGGGGGCGAGUGCGAGAUUGAGGAGACCCUGUUUAUCCUUUUGAGUUUUGAUAUUGAGUGUUUACCUGAUAAAGCCAUGCUAGGACAUGUCAGGUAUCCCAUAAGAGCUUUUGUUCAGAACCAACUACAGUGUUUCAGGUGCCAAGUGUAUGCUCAUGUUGCAGCAGUAUGUAGGAGGGACAUUAUUAGGUGUGAGAAGUGUACAGGAGGGAAUGGAACAAAGGAGUGGGUCGUUUUGUUGGAAAAGGUGGUGUGUUUCAAUUGUGGAGGUGCGCAUGUUGCUGGGGAUCAGAAAUGUCAUGUGCAAGUGAGACAAUUUGAGGUUGCCAGGGUUACAGUGCAGAAAGUGUCUCAUGCUGAGGCAGUGAGGAAAGUAGAUGUUGAUGGGGGGAAAAGUGAGGCUGGGUAAGGGAGCCUGAGAGGAUCCCUGUGACUAAUAGGCCAGUACAGAGUUACCCGGACAAUUUGAGCUUUAGUAAGGUUGGCUUCUUGUCGUUUAUUGCUAUGGUCAUUAACUGUACCACACAGAUGGAGAAGACAUCCAAGAAGAUAGGUUAAGUAGUAGCAGCAGCAGAAACGUUUUUGGGUGUCAGAGUGUUUUGAGAGAAGGGGUUCCAGCCUCCCAGGCCAACAGCCUGUCGUGGGAUAUAUCUAGGGUUAGAUGGUGGUGCAAUUUCUUUUUCCCCCAUUUGUGUGACCAAAAUGUGCAAUUCGCUCUCCGACCUGGGAAAGGCGGCAAAACGUCUAGUCUGCCGGAAAACUACACGAAGAAGAACAAUUAAACGGAAGUGAACAGUGAUCAAGUACAAUUUUUACAUUAGCGUUUAUGUUGUUAUUCAGACGUUUAUUAACACACUGCACAGCAUCACAUACUUACCCCAGGUAGUCUUAUAUUCGCGUUGGAGACAGGACAGGUUGAUGUUAUCUAGGUAAAGCUAGGUUCUAACAAUGGCUAACUGUAUGGUUUUUCACACUCAAAUAGCCUCCAUCAUGGAGGUGUUAGCGAAUGCAGCCGUGGCAGAGGUCUGUAAACUCGUAGACGAUGACUAUGCAGUGUUUCGUUUGGAAAUAACUCAAAGACAUAAAGAAAACAGGGCAUUGCAGAGGAAACUACAGCUACUUGAACUGAAGGUAUCACGGGACCGCGCAGACAAGAUGAUGCGAGAGCGCAUUCUCGCCAGUCGUCCCAGGAGUGUCAAGAUCCUCGACCGAUACAGAGGAACCGCAAGAGGUCCUUCCUCAGGUGAAGGACAUCUCACUGGAGGCCACAGGAGCUUUGUGAAGUCAGCGGAACACAACACAUGGAGAGAUGACCAACCAAUCACUGUUGAUGAGGGGAGUGGAACCUCUAACCAGCACUUUAUCAUGAUAGAGGAUGCAGAGGCUGCAGGUCCUGGGGUCAAGCUGGAGAGGUCUCAAGAAGUGGAGGACCCACAGCACAGCAGAGACAUCCAUACUGGAACGGCUGGAGCUCCCCCUGUAGCCACGGAGGACCCCACCACCGCCCCAGCGCCACCCAUUACCCGACGAAACAUCACGGAGGUCAGUGGAACGCUGAACGCCGUCCUCAAGUCCGAGACAGAUACAGAGACUUUGACAGGGCUGGACCGACUGGGCUGUCCUCCUGCUCCCCGCUCAGAGUAUUUACUUUACGGCAACACGAGUCCGAGGACGGUUCUGUCCCAUCAGGACUCAGGUGACACAUUACAGACUGGCAAUGAUCCGUCCUGUUCAUACUCUACAGAGAUGACACCUAGUGACAUGCCUGCCGGCUUAGAUACACAGACUAAUCCAUUGAGAGAGGACUGGAACCGGUACAGUAGUAGUGUAUACUCAGAAGGGUCCCUAGAUAAGAAAGGGGAGGGUCUGGUCGUAGAUGAGGUGACUGUGAAAGUGGAGAGCGACACUCCUCUGACAUGGAAUGCAGACGAGACUCACUUAGGAGAAAGACACUCGCAGGGCAACACCAGUGACUUCUUAGUCUACAGGGAAAGCUUACAGACAAAUCCAAAUGUCACAACCCAUUCCCCUUUACACCCGCUCAGGGAUCGCAACCCAGUGUCCACGUCGAUGGUUCCUUCCGAUUCACACGGCCGCGUCCUUUUCGAUCAGGUAUUGAACUCAAAUGACAGGGCUAGAGCUCAGGCUCGGGGAAGAGGAGCCACAUCAGCCAGUAGUAAAGAGAAACGGUUCCUCUGCAUGUUCUGUAACAAAGGCUUCAGCCGCCCCCAGAAGGUAGAGAUCCACCAGAGGAUCCACACAGGGGAGAAGCCCUACAGCUGUACCCAGUGUCAUAUGCGCUUCGCCCAGGCUUGCAACCUGAAGAGGCAUCAGAGGGUCCACACAGGGGAGAAAUCCUAUAGCUGCCCCCAGUGUGAAAAGAGUUUCUCCCACCAGCACCAGCUGAAGAUGCACCUGAAGGCCCACACGGGAGAGAGGCCGUUCCCCUGUGUGUAGGGCUGUUACGUUGACCGUAAUACCGCCAAACUGGUGGUCACGAGUCAUGACUGUCGUCAAAUUCCACGUGACCGUUGAGUCAUAGUAACAGGGCUACUCAAACUGUACUCUGUAAAUGAAUGGUGCUGAUGGGUGUUGGUAGCCUGCCAAACUUGCUAUAACGGCCAUCAAGACGCUAAUGGCCUGGUACUCAAUGCUCUAUUGUCCCUCAAAUUGUCCCUCAAAUUACUCUGAGGAAGUGGAAACUCAAAAUGCAUUAGCUAGAAAACUAAAUAUAAUAUGCUGAUAGUUAGAUGUGUAAUUUACUAAUCUAACAGUUCAUGUAGUUAUAUAUAUAUAUAUAUAUAUAUAUCCCUACUGUUGGUGCGUGCAAAUGCGAGUCAUUUCAACUGAACAUUGUGGUUCCAUUUUAAUGAAGAAUGAAAUCAAAUAAAUCUUAUUCAAAAUGAAUUAAUGAUGCGUGUCAGGAGCUGGUCAUUUUUCCAACACACCUAUUAUAGCGUUCGUGUUUCAUCGACACUGUCGAGUGCAUACGGAUGGCAUGCACAUGCAGCUGAUAAUGGCCCACUCUAAAUCUAAACUAAUUUCACACAUACAGUGGGGCAAAAAAGUAUUUAGUCAG